CAUCUUCUGUUUCCCAAACCACACUUAAGGUUGUAUCUAUAUUUAGCAAAAGGCCUUCAGUAGUAUAUAAGCCCCCUUGGAACAGGUCACUAUGCGGCAUCACACCAUCUUCGCUUCUUGAGCUUCUUAGACUUCACGUAUACCGUCUUAACAUGGCACCCAAGAAGGCCAAGAGGAGGGCAGGAGGAGGAGAGGGUUCCUCCAAUGUUUUCUCCAUGUUUGAGCAGAGCCAAAUUCAGGAGUACAAGGAGGCUUUCACAAUCAUUGACCAGAACAGAGACGGUAUCAUCAGCAAAGACGACCUUAGGGACGUGUUGGCCUCAAUGGGCCAGCUGAAUGUGAAGAAUGAGGAGUUGGAGGCCAUGAUCAAGGAGGCCAGCGGCCCAAUCAACUUCACCGUUUUCCUCACCAUGUUCGGAGAGAAGCUGAAGGGUGCUGACCCCGAGGACGUCAUCGUGUCUGCCUUCAAGGUGCUCGACCCCGAGGGCACUGGCACCAUCAAGAAGCAAUUCCUUGAGGAGCUUCUGACCACUCAGUGCGACAGGUUCUCAGCAGAGGAGAUGAAGAAUCUGUGGGCCGCCUUCCCCCCAGAUGUGGCUGGCAAUGUUGACUACAAGAACAUCUGCUACGUCAUCACACACGGAGAGGAGAAAGAGGAGUAAAAGACGAUCAGGAAAAUGAAGAGAUGAAAGUGCAUCCCUCGCUGCUUUACUCUCCCAAUCUGUUCUUUGUCCUCCUUCUCUCACUUUGUGUUUCUUCCUCUUCUUCCUUUCCAUCAUCUUUGUUGCUCUCAAGCACUUACGCUCUCUAUCUCUCCCAAUUUUGCUCUCAUUCAAAAACAAAGACUUGUCUCGCUGAGACUCAUUUGGGAGGGUGGAGAAGUUCAUGACCACAGAGUCUGUCAGUGGGGACAUGGUAUUGUUAUCAAUAAAAUGAUCUUUAUCGUUUCAACAUCCAUUUCUCUCACAUACUCUCUUUCUCUCUCUAUUUCUCACUCUUAUUUUUACUUUUUUAUUACUUCCAAUGACCACGUGGUAUUGUCAAAAGCAUGCAUUCAAGUUGCAAAAAGGCGCCUUCCUGCUUUUGGCUGAAACAGCUGUCUAACAAGAUCUGGAAGUGUUUUGUAAGCCCUGGGAAACGAGCAUUGACAUGAUCUCACUCUACAAUAGAGGAGCCCAUCAUCAGUCUUGUUUCUUUCCCCGCUGGUUGACUAACGGUGAGAAAAUGAGAAAGUAAGGUUUGUACUGAGAGAUCUUGGUCUCCUAAAAGUGAUGCCAAGUUAGUAUGGAGGGAGUUAGAGAGGCAGACCAUCCAAGGAAGAGAGGAAAGCGGGGACUGAAAGAAAACAUAUCAUCUUCAACUCCCCCUUUCCCCUCCAUUCCACUAUUGCUCUGUCCAUGUCUUUUUUUAAUUUAACCACUUUGCUUCCUGCAUAUGGGCCUGCUUUGCUCUGUCAGAAACUCUUCUGUAACCAAUAAAAAGACACAAACUGUGAAUAAAACAUC